UGCGUACUCAGAUGGGGGUUCCUCACUUGAGAAAUUGAUAUCUUACCGAUCUUCUAGUCUAGGACAAGCUGCCAACAUCCGGGCACAGGACUACCUAUUUCUAGUCGUCCUACGCCAUGGCGCCUGCCACUCGCCGCCGUGAGCGGAAACUACCCGUUCAGCAGCUUUCUAUUCUGGCAAUAUGUCGUUUCGCCGAACCGCUCGCCUCGACGUCGCUGUACCCAUAUCUCCCAGAAAUGGUACAGAGCUUCAACAUCCCCCAGAAUGAGGUGGGCAAAUGGGCUGGAAUCUGCGCCGCGUGUUUCUCGCUCUUCCAGGCCUUGUUUGGCAUCCCAUGGGGCCGCUUCUCCGAUCGAUAUGGCCGCAAGCCUGCCAUCCUCCUCGGCCUCACUUCCACCAUGCUGACCAGUCUUCUCUGGGGAUUCUCGAAGAAUCUGCCCAUGGCGAUUGUAGCAAGAGCAUUGGCGGGCGCGGGUAAUGGUAAUGUGGGCAUUAUCAGGACGACGGUGGCGGAGAUGGUACCCUUCAAAGAGCUGCAGCCCAGGGCGUUCAGUCUGAUGCCGUUGGUGUGGAACAUUGGUAGUAUAUUCGGUCCUACGAUAGGCGGCUCGCUGGCCAAUCCACUCAAUGUGAGGCCGGGUGAACACACGGAUAGCAAGAAUCUCUUCGCGCAGUUUCCCUACCUUCUACCAAAUCUGGUGAGCGCAGCAUUCUUCGCCGUGGGCAUUACGACGGGAAUCUUGUUCCUGGAAGAGACACUCGAGAGCGUACAGGGCAGGCGAGACCAUGGCUUGCUCUUGGGCAAGACCAUCUCGAGCAGCGUCAGGCGCUCUGUGGCCAAGCUACAAGAAUUUCUGCGCCUUCGCUCCCCCAGGUCUGAUAGGGGACUACACGCAGCUGACGAAACCGACCCUCUGCUGAAACGUCCCGCAUCCGCCGACGACUCAGAAGCAGCGAGCGUGGCAUAUGAAGCCAAGCCGCGAGUGGCAGCACCGACAUGGAGAGAAGUCAUGAACCGUCAAGCUUUCAUUAAUUUGAUAGUCUACACCUUGCUAGCAAUGCAUGCCAUGGCAUUCGACCAACUCAUUCCGGUCUUCAUGCAGCACGACCCCAUUGGCUCACCUGAUAGCACGCCCUAUGAGUUUCCUCUCAAAUUCGCCGGUGGAUUUGGCUUGGACCAUUUUCAAAUUGGACUGAUGUCUACUGGCUACGGCAUCGUAGGCAUGUUUGUGCAGUUCUUCGUGUUUCCGCCUCUGGCACGAAAGUAUGGUGUUUUGAUCUGGCUGAAGAUAGUCGUCAUUGCAUUUCCCGUGAUAUAUCUGCUCACGCCAUUUACCGCCCUUCUGCCCACCAUAGGAAGCCAGGUAGCAUGCAUGUUCACGGCCAUGAUGCUGAAGUGCCUGUGCGGCAUCUUUGCCUUUCCGUGCUCCACGAUAUUACUCACCAACAGUGCGACGAGCUUGCGCACACUGGGAACGCUGAACGGUAUCGCAACUAGUGCCUCGGCGCUGGGGCGAGCAGCAGGACCUGCACUAGCUGGCUUGGUGUAUAGCGCGGGUGUCAAGAAAGGAUAUGUCAUUGCGCCAUGGUGGUGCUUGUCCUUCAUUGCCAUCGUUGCUGCAGUCCCUGUCUGGUGGCUUGUAGAAGGGGAGGGCUUCGGUGGCGACAACGACGAGGUUUCAGACGACGAGGAAGAAGACGAAGAUGAAGAUGCAGAAACCGCAGAGGCCUGGCAGGCUGUUAUUACAGAGUGCAGCGCUGAAGCCCAAGGCAAAUCACGAGUGCCGGGACCCAUUCCUCGCGGUAUUUCGCAAGCUCACGAGGAUGAAGAGAGCCAGCAGGAAAGAUCAUAUGGUGGCCUUGCACCGCUGACGAGAACAAACACCACAGGGUCGACUGUCAUGAUGAGCGAUGCCGAUGACGACGAAUAUGACAACAGGAGUGGCACUCCGAGUCGGACACGAAGCAGAAGGGCUUCUGGUGCUGAACGAUCUGAUGGGGGAGACUCUCCCAAAGUAUCAAGACGAGGCUCAAGUCGCGUCAAGCGACGCAUAUCCAUACCUGUCAUGGGUAGCGCAAGUCGUCGCUACAGCAGCAGUCUGGGACAGUCGUUUGGAUCUGCUGGUGGGUAUUGAACGUGCAGACUGUUUAUUCCAUCACUCGGGUAUUGCGGGAAAGGUUAAGGGAAGCGAGGAGUUUUUGGAUCAUAUGAUGAUUGUAUGUAAGUAAUGGUAUCAAGAAUGUUAGACUGCUG